ACUACUUCAAGAACGAGGAACCAUUGUUACUGUGAAAGUAAUCGCACGGUGUGUUUACGAAUAUCGAUAUUACUUUUUAAAAGUUGAGAAACUCACAUUUGCAGGAAUAAACCAAGAUGAUUUGUUUAUUAUGCUUGCGUCUGAUAAAAAAUUUGGAGGCGGAUUUCCGGAUCCACGAGAUGUAAAUCCCGAUUGGGAGCGAAUUCCAAGUGAAAAACAG